CUUGUGCAAUGGUCUGGUAUUGGUACGCCACCAUAUUUCUUUGUUGACUUUUUUUUCCACACCUUCACAAAACCCGUAGUGUACGUAUCAAGGAUAGUAUAAAGCGGCGGAAAAAAUGUCACCAACCCUCCUUAUGCUACGGGUGACUCAGGUUUUGGCACAGCUAAUGUAAGCGUCCCUUCAGCGGUUCUCGUUUCUCGGCUACCCCAUCGGAGCUUUUUCACUCAGCUCAUGGGACGUAGGGAAUGAAUAUAUGAUAACUAAAGGUAACCUAACAAAACCUGACCUCUCACCUGGUAGGCCACCCCCUAUGAGGUACAGUACCACAGAGGGCAGGAUGGACAUGCAAAGUGGGGGCAGCUAGACUGCAGGCACGCCAGUCCCUUUACGUUUUAAUUACAAAGAUCUGCUGAAAAUAAGGUGUAAGACUUCCAAGCACUGGUUCAGAGAGGAGGAAGAAGACUGCCACUAGGAAAGAUGUCGGUGCGUAGUGGGCGUGUGGUCAAGACAGUGCGAACCCUCACUCGGCCAGCACCUGAGGCGUCCUGUGCCUUCACCACCUAUAACUGCAGUCUGCCAAGACUUGAUGGUUUUGAGUACUGUACUCGUCACAUCCUGGAGGACAAGAGUGCUCCUUUCCGCCAGUGUAAUUAUAUCUUCACCAGCACUGGUAAGCGAUGCCUGCGUCCAGCACCAACCAGCGACAGGAAGGAGGGGUACUGUUUGGAGCAUUCCCGGCGUUCACUGGUGGUGCGGCAGCGGGCGGCACGAAAAACCUGUCCUCGUCAGACCCCAGAGACCCUCCUGUCCAUGCUGAGUCACCACCAGAUGGACGCCCACACUGCAGGCCAGAAUGCCAUUCCUGAUCCAGCCAGUGUGCCUGGCCUUGCAUCAUCCGUCCUGGAGUACGCUAGUGACACAGACAGUGAGGAGGAGACUGUAACGUUCCCCCAGGACUCCUUCCCACGUCGUGAAGCUGACAGUGAGCUGGACUCUGCUGACUCAGAUGUAGAUCCUCUGGAACAUGCUGAAGUGUUCACUACUGAGGAAAUUACAAGAAUAUAUCUAGAAAAACUGCAGAAACUAAAGUCAAUGUACGUUGGUGAGUACAAGCGGCUGAUCCACAUUCUGAGGGAGAGCCGAAGGAAGUACCUACAGGCAGUGCGGCAGGAGAAGGAAUCCAUGGUGAGCAUCCAUGACCAGCCCAAGCCAACACCUGAGGAGCGGCAAGCCUAUGAGCAGCUGAAGGCACUAGCCCGCUACCACAAACACCUCAGCACACACUCCCUCCUCUAUCGACAGCAGCUAGAACGCCGCCUGCAGGUGACAGAGGGAGUGAACUACAAACCAGGCACAAGCAUUGGGUGUGUCAAGUGUGUGUACAGUGAGGGAUCCUGGCGUUGUGGAGAGAAAUCCGUGCCUCUUUCAAAAUAUUGCUCAAAACAUAUAUUACAUGACCCCAACCAGGUCUUAUUUGGGGCUUGUGGAGUAAGGAAGUGUGGCGAUGACCAGUGUUCCAUCCCAGUAGUGAGUCUGCCAUAUGCCACCACUUGCAUCUACCACACUCCUGUGCCAAACCCUAUUCCUGUAAGUUCAGCACCAGUAGAGGAGGUGGACAGCACACCUUCAGGGAUGGGGGAAGAAGACAUUUAUGGACACAGUUCUUACAGCCACUUGCCACCACCUGGGCCACGUAAUAUUAUUGAUCUUCCUGAGAGCCAUAGUUUCAUAGUGACAGAAGUGCCUCCAGACAAUGUAAUGGAAGAGGAUGAUGCUCCUGAAGAAAGUACAGAGCCAGAGACUCCAGCUCAAGAUUCUUCAGUUACAAGUGAAGGCCAGCUUCCCGAUGAUGCCAAAGACAAAGAUCCUCCACCUUCAGAGACUGCCAGUGAUAAGCCCCAAGAGAGCCCAAUGGAAACAAGUAUGGGGGAAUCCCAAACUGACAGUCAGGGAAAGAAGGAUGCACCACCAGAACAAAUAGUUACUAAUACUUAGUCUCUUAUUAUGGGCCAGAGAGGCCCAAAACUGACAGGUGACCCUUUGAAUCCAAUGAAACCUUUGUUUUGGAAAAGCCAGUGUUUCUUUAAAGGCAUUUUAAUUAUAUCCUUACAACAUCCUUUAUGUAUAUUAAUGCUUACAUCACAUAUGGUGGCCACUGCUCUCUUAGGAGUCCCACAGAAGAGAUGAGUAAGGUUGAUGUGUCUUUGUUGCUUGAGGGAAUCAACCAUUAACAAAAACUUAUGAAUAGGAAAACAUUUCCUGUCUCAUGUCACCCACAAUACUUGAAGCAUUGACUGGUAGAAAAAAUGAGGUCAACUUCAUCGUAAUAUAAACACUUGUUCCUUUUUUUUUUUUUUUUUUUUUUUUUUUUUUUAUGAAGUCAGUCAAUUUUGAGUUAUCUUUGCUUGCUUUGCUAAAUUUCCAUUUUGUCAAUUGAGAAAUAAUUGUUGGAGUUGAUAUGCUAGGCAUGUUGACAGAAAUGGGUGUCCACUAUUUAUGAUGAUAACCAUCAAAGAAAUCUGAAACUUGCUUACUAUAUAGUACAUAUAAAGAAAAUUAGGGAUGCUAGAACUAUUUCAUAGCACAAAACCAUUAUAUUUACAAAACAAUUAUCAGACUAGAUCAGAGAUUCAAUGAUGUUCAUUGCAAUUAUAGUAAAACAACUAGUAAUGUUUAUUCAUAUUUUUUUUUUCUUUUCAAAAUGCAUAUCAGGUUUGUUGCUCAAGGAUGAUACAAAUGUCAAACAGUUUGCUCAUGGAUGCCAGGUGCCUUUCUGCCAUAUUUAGUAGAGAAUUAUAUCUCAAUGCUACUUUUUCUCAUUUAAAUUAUUAUGUGUACAUUGUUCUUAUUUUUUCAACUUUUCAUGAGUUUAAUGUUGCGUCUGAUAAGUCAUGUUCUGCUAGUAUAUUUUCUGUUUACCAAUUUGAUAUUUCUACUAUUAAUAAUUAACUAACUGUUCAUCUACAGUAAUAUAUACAUACAUAGCAGUAACUCUUCUUAAAACAUGCCAUCAUAAUGAGAUGUAACCAGAUCUAGUCAUCGUUAUCUCCAGAGUUGUAUUUCAUUGGUUUAAUUAUUCAGUAAAUUUUUAUUUCUUUUAAGAUAAUAGAGAAAGUAUUAUUGUUACAGCUUAGAGCUUGCUAGCACUGGCAAUUUUAACAUAAAUAAUGAUAAGUACAGCUGCUGGCUUAUAGGUUUUCUUGAAGUUGGGGCAGUCUAUCUCAUCAGCUGUCAUGGUUUGUGCCAGCGACUUGCUGUAGACACAGGGUCUUACAGGCUGCUUUGUACUACCUGAGCAGGCAACAGAUGCUUCACUUUGGUAGCCAGCUGUCUUGAGUGAGAGUUCUGAAAGAUGUGGAAGUUUAUUUAAUUUUUCUGUAGGUCAUUGAAUAAAUUUUCUUUACUGA